AUGGCGCUCUUCCUUUUCACUACAAUCCUCUGCUCCCUGCUACAAUCCAUCCCCUUACAAAGUUCAACUGUUGGAGCAGUUGAUGAUCACAUACUUUUCCCAAAUCUAACACUUGUUCUUGGGCAGACUCUCAUUUCUCAAAACCAAAUUUUUGAAAUGGGUUUCUUCUCGCCUGGAAAAUCUUCAAACAGAUUCUUGGGAAUAUGGUACAAGAGCACACCACAAGUUGUAGUCUGGGUUGCAAACAGAAACCAUCCCAUCACUGCCUCACAACCGCCACUUUUCAUGAUUUCCGGAAAUGGAAGUCUUGUCAUUAGCAGUGGCAAAAGCAUUAUCUGGUCGGCUAGUUCAUCAGAGGUGGCAUCAAAUCCAUUUUUAGAGCUGCUUGAUUCUGGAAACUUGGUUCUUGUAGACAAGACGAGAACGGUAUGGCAGAGUUUUGAUUACCCAACUGACACCAUGUUACCUGGAAUGAUAUUGGUGGAUGAUGUUCAUGCUGGUGUGGAAAGGAAUUUGACAUCAUGGACAAGUCCAGACGAUCCAUCUCCUGGUGAUUUUGUUCACAAGAUCCAAAACCGGGGCUUGGCUGAUUUGGUAACUCUCAGAGGGGAAAGCAAAAGAUACCGACUUGGACAGUGGAAUGGGCAAUACUAUGGCGGUGGCCAACGCUUUCCGAGUGCCAUUUACAAACCAGAGUUAAUUUUCAGACAGGAGAAGUUGAUAUCCGUAGGAGAGCCCUACGACAGCUCACUUCUGGUAAGAACUAUUUUGGACACAUCUGGUACACUCCUGCGUCAUACCAUGAACGCCAGAAAAGACAAGUGGAAUCUUGCCAUCACAUUUCCUCAAGAAUCGUGCGAUGAGUAUGGCAGUUGCGGUCCUAACAGUAUCUGCAGAUCCGACAGGCCAGUUAGAUGCCAGUGUUUUAAGGGUUUCGCCCCAAAGUUCCAAAAGGAUUGGGACCUUCAAGAUUGGUCGGGCGGAUGUACUAGAACUAAACCGUUGAAUUGUGAGGGUGGAGAUGGAUUUCAAGAGAUUAGAGGGGUGAAGUAUCCUGAUAUGUUGAGAUUUUGGUUAAAUACAAGCAUGAGCCUCGGUGAGUGCAAAGCUGAGUGCUUCAAAAACUGUAGUUGCACUGCAUAUGCUAAUCCGUUCAUUACAAACGGAGGCAGCGGCUGCUUGAUGUGGUUUGGUGAUCUCAUGGAUACCAAAGGACUUUCUGCAGCAGAUAGUAAGCAGAACAUCUAUAUCCGUGUGCCACUUUCUGAACUAGAUUUUAGCACAAGUGUAGAGGAGGAGGAGAAUAAAAGGCCUACUAAAUUCAUACUGGUAUCAAUUGCUUCUGGUGUUCUUGUCUCAGCCAUUAUCAAUGGAGGUGUACUUUUUAUGUCAACACGAAAGAGGCAAGCUGUAAAAAGGAAUAACGAGGAUCUAGAAUUACCUGUGAUUAAAAUGGCAACGAUUGUGCAAGCAACAAAUAGUUUCUCUGUGGAAAACAUGAUUGGAGUUGGAGGUUUUGGUCCUGUUUAUAAGGGGAACAUGCCCUCAGGAGAAGAAAUAGCAGUGAAAAGAUUGUCGAGAUCUUCACGACAGGGUCUUGAAGAGUUCAGAAAUGAAGUUAUGGUAAUUGCAAAACUUCAACAUAGAAACCUUGUCAGACUUUUAGGAUGUUGCAUUGAAGAAGAGGAAAGGAUACUGAUCUAUGAAUACCUACAGAACAGAAGUCUUGAUCUCUUUGUUUUUGAUCACAGUGGGAGAACACUAUUGACAUGGCCUAAGCGUUAUGACAUUAUCAUGGGAAUUGCAAGGGGACUGCUAUAUCUCCAUCAUGAUUCCAGAUUAAAGAUUAUUCACAGGGAUCUCAAAACGAGCAAUAUUUUACUAGACGGACCUUUAACUCCAAAAAUAUCAGAUUUCGGCUUAGCAAGAAUAUUUGAAGAGGAUCAAUCUCUUGCUAGAACAAAAAGAGUCAUUGGGACAUUUGGAUAUAUGGCUCCCGAAUAUGCAAUGGAUGGAAAAUUCUCGGUGAAAUCUGACAUCUUCAGUCUUGGAGUGGUUUUGUUGGAGAUAAUUAGCGGCAAAAAGAACAGAGGAUAUGGAGAAUCAGAUCACUAUCUUAACCUCUUGGGCCAUGCAUGGUUGCUAUGGAAAGAGAACAAGAUUCUGGAGUUGAUGGAUGAAUGUUUGAAUGAUACAUUUGAGGAGUGUGAAGUGAAGAGAUGCAUGCAAGUGGGAUUAUUAUGUGUUCAGAAAUUUGCAGAAGAUAGGCCAAACAUGUCAUCAGUGGUUUCAAUGUUAGGAAGUGAAGGAGCAGUUUUGGCAGAACCAAAAGAGCCUGGCUUUUUCAUGGAAAGAAGUUCGAGCCCGUUGGGCAGUAGUGCAUCACCGUCGUAUAUUGAGUCAGAGAAUGAAACAAUCACAAUUACUGAAUUAGAAGCCAGAUGAAGACACCCAACAACAUUCUGCAAUUACUCUCAAUGUAAUUAAUAUACUAGUAUUAUUAAUCGAAAAUUGGAUGGAAUGGAGUUUGAGUUAGAAGAAGAAAUCAAAUUUUUGAUUGAUUUA